AUGAGAACUAUCUAUUUCUGUGACUGUCUCAACCCCUGUUCCUCUCUCCUCCAACCUUCCCACACCUCCCUGGAAGCCUCCAACCUUCCCACACCUCCCUGGAAGCCUCCAACCUUCCCACACCUCCCUGGAAGCCUCCAAACUUCCCACACCUCCCUGGAAGCCUCCAACCUUCCCACACCUCCCUGGAAGCCUCCAACCUUCCCACACCUCCCUGGAAGCCUCCAACCUUCCCACACCUCCCUGGAAGCCUCCAACCUUCCCACACCUCCGUGGAAACCUCCAACCUUCCCACACCUCCCUGGAAGCCUCCAACCUUCCCACACCUCCCUGGAAGCCUCCAACCUUCCCACACCUCCCUGGAAGCCUCCACCCUUCCCACACCUCCCUGGAAGCCUCCAACCUUCCCACACCUCCCUGGAAGCCUCCAACCUUCCCACACCUCCCUGGAAGCCUCCAACCUUCCCACACCUCCGUGGAAACCUCCAACCUUCCCACACCUCCCUGGAAGCCUCCAACCUUCCCACACCUCCCAGGAAGCCUCAAACCUUCCCACACCUCCCAGGAAGCCUCCAACCUUCCCACACCUCCCUGGAAGCCUCCAACCUUCCCACACCUCCCUGGAAGCCUCAAACCUUCCCACACCUCCCUGGAAGCCUCCAACCUUCCCACACCUCCGUGGAAGCCUCCAACCUUCCCACACCUCCCUGGAAGCCUCCAACCUUCCCACACCUCCCUGGAAGCCUCCAACCUUCCCACACCUCCCUGGAAGCCUCCAACCUUCCCACACCUCCCUGGAAGCCUCCAACCUUCCCACACCUCCCUGGAAGCCUCCAACCUUCCCACACCUCCCUGGAAGCCUCUGGUCUCUGUGGCCAGGCCUCGCCCUCGGGUUCCCAAACAAGGCUGGUGAUUGGCCUUCUAGGUACCCGGAGGCGUGGCCCAGUGCUUCAGGGGGGCGGAGCUUCAUGGCACCCUGGAUAUAAUCCUUCAGUAUGA